AUGGAUACACCAGCUCCGUCUCACGAUAAGGUAGCUCCUCGUCCUUACAAAUGUCCUUAUCCUCUAUGCGGUCGUGCUUUUAGUAGACUAGAACACCAGACCCGUCACAUUCGCACUCACACUGGCGAAAAACCUUUUGUCUGCACUUUCCCUUCUUGCGAGAAACGUUUCUCUCGCUCAGACGAACUCACUCGUCAUUCCCGAAUUCACAAUAACGAUAACUCUUUGAAUGGCGCUUCAAAUGCCAAAGGUAAAGCAAAGGCAAAGGGUGAUAUCUUAGAUGACACCGCUGGUCCAGGUAUCAACCUACACUCCUUGCCUCGCUCAGACCCCCAAGCAACUUCCAUCAGAGUAAAGAAGAAGGCUAGAAGUAGAGCCAAUAGUGACGACGAGGCCGAAUCUUACGCUCGUCCCACCUCACUAUCAUCUUAUGAACCUUCUCACUCACGACGUUCACAAACUCACAUCCCCAUUGCGUCAAACCCUUCAGCCUUUUCCACCUUAUCAAGUCUAGCAAUGGAUGAACUUUACGCUCUCGAACGAGAAGAGGCACUCCGAAGAGCAGAAUACGAAGCUCGUCACGCAGAGGCACUUCGCCGCGCAGAGUACGAAGCCCGCAACGCCGAGGCUAUAUACUUCCGCGGUCGUCCUUCAAAAAGCGCUUCCACAUCUCCAGUAUCAACUCCCUUUCACUCUACAAUAUCUCUCAAAGGUCCCGAUGGCUAUUUCGGAGUAUCAAGCACUCGUGAUUAUGAAGACGACCCUUCAUCUGACAAAUUCAUCAGAGCAAAGAGAAGAAUAAGUGGCCCUGCUUGGCAAAUGACUCCUAUGUCACAAGACACCCGCUCCGUUCCCGCCUUCUCUUCAGAACAACCAAAGCCCCGUACCCUGACUUCAGCUCCACUUCAUCCCCCAGCUUAUCGUCAUCUCGUAACUCACGAAGAUUCUCCGUCCCCUUUGAGCUCAGAUUCUGACUCCAUCCCUGCACACAACCCCGCACAACAUCCACAACAGCCCUAUACUCGCCCAUCAUAUCCUCCUUCAUCCGAGUAUUCGGUAAUUAAAGCCACGGAGUUCACCUUCACCCCUUCAACAAGUCCAUUCCUCGGACCGCUUCGUACCUUGAACCUUCAUUCCACAAAUCCAUCCAGGGCCCCAUCUCCCAUCUCCCUCCCAGCUUCCAUAAACAGCGCCCAUAACGACAUACCCAUCAGCCCUAUCGAUGAACCCCACACAGCACGCCGCUCAAGGCGUAACAGCAUCGUGAACAGCCCCCCAAACCGCGGUGCCUUUUUCCCGGCAUCCCGAAAGAAAGACCCCAUACCCCACGUACGUACAUACCCCGGUCAGCUCUCUCAAGCAGCACACAACCUCCCCACACCUCAGCUUUCAAGCGGGCCGAGUAGUAGCGGUAGUAGCCCCGGGAGUUCAACAUACCCGCUGGGCGGGGGCGUUUAUGCUUCCAAACCUGUGUUUGAGAGCGGAGUUACGUUGAGUCCGUCGAAUUCGCGGCCAAAUUCACCGCCACAUGCGCAUGCCGCGGGGCCGCAUCAUCACUUGGCAUAUAGCGUGCGCAUGGCGUUUGGGAUGACGCCUAUCAACCCUGGCCAUCCGCCUCGGAACACGAGCUGGCCUAAUCCGCAUUUGAAGACUAAUCCGAAUGUGUUCUCGUCGGUUUCGGUACCGGCUUCAAGGAGUAAUUCACCGCCUAUUACGCUUCCGCCUCUGAACUUGAGCGCUGGUGCUGCAAGUGGGGGUGCUGGUGCGGGGGAGAUGGUGUCUCCGAUGGAUGAGGAUGAAAGUAGUAGUGAUGAUGAGGGGACUUAUAUGGGUGGGAAGGGCACUGGUGUUGGUGUUGGGGGGAGAAAAGUUGAGUUACCUGGGUUCAAGGAGUUUGAGGCUGCUACGCGGUCUGGUCGGUGA